CCCGUCUCAAAUCCCAACAAGGGUUGUUCGAGCUGCAGAGGAGAGAGGAAGGAGAGGAUAAGUGUUAGCGAGCGAGAGCUCGAGGGCAUGGAGAAUUCGGUGGGGGAGAAGAUGGACGAGUUGGUGGGAUCAGGGGGCGGCGGGGGCGACUGGGGUUACCUGGCGUCGGAGGCCAUGGCGGUGACGGCGGGCUUCCCUUUCCCGUGCGGCAGGGACGUCAUGGACCACACCUCCUCGCUCUUCGACUUCCACGCCGGCGCGCCUUUCCCCUCGUCCUCCGCCGCUACCGGCGUCGCGCUCCCGCCCGGCUACUUCGUCCACGACUUCGCCGCCGGCGGCAACAACAACAGCAGCAACAACCCUUUCGACGUCGACGCGCCGCCGUUCCUUCAAUUCGGCGGGCCCGCGGCGGUGGGGCAGAAAGGCGUCGGGUUCAUGGCGGCCCAGGCGGGGGCGGCGUUUGGAGGAGGAGGGAUGGAGUGGGAGGACGACGAGGACGAGAUGGACCAGCAGAGCCUUGACGACGCCUCCAUGGGCGCCGUCUCGGCCUCGCUGGAGAAUGGCGUGACGGCGGCGGCGGGGGGGACGGGGGGCAACGGGAGGGGCAAGAAGAAGGGGAUGCCGGCCAAGAACCUCAUGGCGGAGCGGCGGCGCAGGAAGAAGCUCAACGACCGCCUCUACAUGCUGCGCUCCGUGGUGCCCAAGAUCAGCAAGAUGGACAGAGCUUCUAUCCUUGGUGAUGCAAUUGACUACCUGAAGGAACUCCUGCAGAGGAUCAAUGAACUUCACAAUGAACUUGAGUCUGCUCCUAUUACUGCAGUUGCUGGACCAACAGUAACACCAGCCAACUUCCAUCCCUCAACGCCCACACUGCAGCCAUUCCCGGGCCGUGUCAAGGAGGAACGGUGCCCGGCCUCAUUUCCGAGUCCCAGUGGUCAACAGGCCACGGUUGAUGUCAGGAUGAGGGAAGGGCACGCAUUCAACAUCCACAUGUUCUGCGCUCGCAGGCCGGGCAUUCUGCUCUCCACCUUGAGGGCACUCAACAGCCUCGGCCUCGACAUCGAGCAGGCAGUCAUCAGCUGCUUCAACGGGUUCGCCAUGGAUGUUUUCCGCGCCGAGCAAUGGAAGGAUGGUCCUGUGCCUCUGCCUGAAGAAAUUAAGGCCGUGCUCCUGCACACUGCCGGUCUUCAGAACCCAAUGUAGGCAAGACCCGGAACUGUGGCCCUUAGUCUCUAAGGGGAUCUCCUCUCCAUUAGUGGUCAUAGGCGAUUAGGCGCUGGAUGGUCCUGUCCUGGCUGAUCAGGAAAAAAAAUGCUAGAUGUAUAAAACCUUGUGCUAGCUAUCUGUCUACCGGUUCCUGAGACAAUUUCAUGGGAUGAGGCUCGGCUCGGUACAUUUAGCUGUUUGUCGAAUUUUAUCUUUCUCUGGGAUGUGAAUCUGUGAUGUAAUAGAACGUUUUUGCUACCAUUGAACAAUCUCCAAUUCUCCAUGGUGAUGAUGAGAUGAGAAAAUAUUUACUC